UGUGAGAAUAUAUACUUGAGAUGGAUUUCUUGAGCUUUGUAAUUGGCCUUUGCCUCAUCUGGAUUUUAAUCAAAACCUUCCAUAUGAUUCCUACAGGCAAAGCAAAUCACAGAAAGCUUCCACCCGGUCCAAAACCAUUUCCUGUGAUAGGAAACCUCUUAGAGCUCGGUGAUAAACCCCAUAUUUCCUUAUCCAAACUUGCCAAGUCUCAUGGCUCAAUCAUGAGCCUAAAACUAGGCAAACUAACAACAAUUGUAAUCUCUUCAGCAGACAUGGCCAAACAAGUCCUCCAAACACACGACCGAAACUUGUCGAAUCGAACCGUCACGGAUGCGCUCCGAGCCCACCAACACGGCGACUUCGGCUUGCCAUGUAUACCCAUUUCAAGCCAGUGGAGAAACCUUCGCAAAAUAUGCAACGGCCAACUAUUCUCCAACACAGCACUUGACGCCAACCAAGAUCUCCGGCGCAAGAAAGUGCAAGAGCUCCUCGCUGAAACUCAUCAAAGCAGCCUAACCGGUGAGGCAGUAGAUAUUGGCGAAGCGGCUUUCAAGACUUCGCUUAAUCUGGUAUCAAACACCAUUCUUUCGGUGGAUUUGGCCGACCCGAAUUCUGACACGGCAAGAAAGUUCAAAGAGGUCGUGUCGAAUAUCAUGAAAGAAUUAGGGAAACCCAACUUGGCAGAUUUUUUUCCUGUGCUUCAGAAGAUUGACCCCCAAGGGAUAAGGCAGCGCUCGACAGUUAACUCUGGAAAGAUGAUAGACCUCUUUGCCCACAUGAUUGACGAACGGUUGCAGUUGAGAAAAGUGUCUGGUUUUAUAACGAAUAAUGAUAUGUUAGAUACCCUUCUCAACAUCACUGAAGAAAACAAUGAGCGGAUGGACAAGACCUCAAUGGAGCAUUUGAUCUUGGAUUUAUUUGUUGCGGGAACUGGUACAACUUCAGCAGCAUUGGAAUGGGUGAUGUCAGAGGUACUCCGCAACCCAGAGGCAAUGGCACAAGCCAAAUUAGAGCUGGAGCAAGUAAUUGGCAAAGGCAACCAAGUCGAGGAAUCAGAUAUUUCUCGGUUACCUUACUUGCAAGCAAUAGUCAAAGAAACAUUUCGGCUGCACCCCGUAGGUCCUUUGUUAUUGCCUAGGAAAGCUAAAGCAGAUGUAGAAAUCAACGGUUAUAUUAUUCCAGAGGGUGCACAAGUGCUAGUGAAUGCAUGGGCUAUAGGCCGAGACCCGAGCUUAUGGGAGAAUGCAAAUUCAUUUAUGCCGAAGAGGUUCUUGGGGUCAGAAAUUGAUGUCAAAGGCCAGCACUUUGAGCUUAUACCCUUCGGUGGUGGAAGGAGAAUAUGUCCAGGUUUGCCGCUGGCAAUGCGAAUGUUGUACUUGAUGUCGGGUUCUCUUAUCCACACAUUUGAUUGGAAGCUUGAAGAUGGUGUUAAACUUGAGGAUAUGAACAUGGAUGAUAAGUUUGGCUUAACUUUAGAGCGUGCUCAUCCUCUGAGAGCUGUCCCUAUUCCAAUUUAAAAUAGGUGGGCACACUUUGUGGGUGCCGCUCAUCCGGCAAGCACGCGAUCGGCUUUUCUUCCGGCUGCUGUCAUCCGCCUAGUGUGCUCCUAUUUUUAAUUUUUAGUUGUAUUGCUUUGAUUUUCCCUGUAUUUUUCUUGUUUUUCUUGCUGCUUGUAAUAAGGCCAUGUCCUCUUUCUUGAUCUCCUCGCUUGUUAUUUUGGUCCAGACCCCUGGGGUUGUGGAUGUGAACGAUAUCCUGGCUUUCAGGUUCAGGAGGAUGUGUGUCGGCAUGGCGUCCUUUUGAUCCCAGGGUCGAGGAAUAAGAGCUACCUAUGCAUUAGUUUGUGUCUGCCUAGCGCAGAUCUGUUAUUCCAACUGAAGAUUAAUUAUAGGUUUGCGGAUGUUUGGCGUCUUUGAUGUGUAAUCUUUUAGUUACGACUUUGAUCUUUAGCUUCGGCUAGGAUCUUUCAAAACGUUAUGUUCUGUGAUUGUAAGAGUUUUAAUAAAAAAAGAAGAUAAUUUGUUUGGUGUAUUGAA